AGCACCUGUUUUGAGCAGUAGAUGGUGCUUCUUGCCAGUCUCCAGUUUACACUCAAGACUAAUUUUCAAUGUCAAUUGUUUUAAAGUAGUUUCUUAACAGGUUGCUGAAUGUCUGUCUACAUUCUGCAGAUCACACAAGAUUUAAUUUGAGUCAAGAUUUGUCUGACUCUGAUCCUGUGUGUCUGACUCUUGACAUUCUCACUAUCUGCUUCUCUAAACGGAGGGCGGAGCCUUGAAUCCCGCCACAGGUAGGUUUAACGUACACCUGUACUACUAUGAGACGGAAAAUACAUUUUAAGACCUACACUAGUAGUAAUAAAAUCACUGCAGACGACAAGAUACAAUGAGUACUUUACUGAUUUCCACUUUACUGUUUGCUAUGGGUGCAUGUUUACCUGCGAUAACCACAUCGUAUUCUAUUCCUCCAGAAGACCUGGAUGGAUCGGGACAUGAUCUGGAAAGUUCUGGCUCAGGUUCAGGGGAAUGGGCAGAAGUGUCCAAAGGCUCAGUAAGGUUUACCACAAUCUCAACAUUUACAAUGACAAUGAGUGAAGAUGACUUAAUGUUCAAUGCCAUUGAUGAAGAGGAUAAAACCGUCCCAAUUAUAAUGACAGACAACACCAGAAAUAAAAUAUCAGAGGACUCAGACUUGACCUUUGACAAAAGGCCUAAGCUAGAUGACAACAACGGAUCAGCCAUUGGCAAUGUGGCAAAGAGCGGGGGUCUUCUAGAAAACAAAGAAGCGCUUGCAGCUAUUAUUGCAGGAGGAGUGGUGGGACUGGCCUUGGCUGCCUCCCUGUUAACACUCAUGGUCUAUAACAUGAAGAAGAAAGAUGAGGGAGGCUACACUGUCAACCAGAAAAAUAAGUCGAACGGAGGAUAUCAGAAACCGAAGACCAAGGAGGAGUUUAUUGCAUAACUUCCCCUCAAAGACAAAAUAAUGUCUCAACCCAGCAGAUUUGUUUGAAGAGUUCAUUUUUGAGAGAAAGAAGUUGGUUGGGUUUGCGCCAUGAGAAAAUUCACAGCAGAAAAUGCAAACUUGUGGUGUAUUCGAGGUUUAAAAAGACGGUAACACUUUACUUGACACCCAGCAUCAUAACACAUAACAUGGUCAUAACCAUGUCAUAAUAUGUCAUAACAGCUGACAACU